AAAUAAUCCAGUUUACUCUUUGAAAAAGGUACAUAAAUGUGAGCUACUUCUAUACUAUUUAUAGUAUCUGUAUUAACUCAAAAUUUGAGAUGUGUAAAACAAACAUUAAACUUCUAGAAACGAAUAGUCGAUGGAUAAAGUAUUUUGCCAUGAUUUCAUAGAAAAAUAAACAAUGUGAAAUAUAAAACGUAAAACAAAAAUGACAAAAUAUAUUUUUCUGUUAAAAUUAAUCGUUGUAGCUGUAUGUGUUAUUUACAUCAAAUAUGCAAUUUCAAUUUUUCAACGAGUGCCAAACACCCAAGAAAUACGAACGACUUAUUCCGAUUUAGAAAAAGAUCUUUGUUUAGAUGAAGGAAUUAAGAGGAAUAUCACAAUGGGCGGAAGUAUGAGAUGUCCAAAAAAUGGUAUUGUAACAGUAGUUCAAGGGGGUCGAUUAGGCAACCAAAUAUGGGAGUACGCAUCUGUUGUUGCUGUUGCUAAAGUGACCGGUUUGCAACCGUACGUACCUGGAUGUAUCAAAUCAACAUUGGAACCGUUAUUUCAAAAUUUGUCAGUACCGUUGUUGGACGAAAUUGGUCAUUGUACAGUGCAAAUAUCCAAAUAUAUACGUUACAUGGAAGAAUACAAUCCUAAAAGACAUAACACUAUAAUUUUAAAGAAAUAUAACGUACAACCAGAGUUAAUAGCUAAAUAUAUUCACGAUAUUAUUCAAGAACUUUCCAUUAAAAAGGGUUUAUUGGAAGAAAGCCAAAAAAUACUACAUUCUGUCACAAAAUAUUUUAAUAAAACAUUUGAUACAUUCAUAGGUGUUCACGUUAGAAGAACUGACUACAUCCCACAUAUACGACAAAUGUACAGAGUGAAACCAGCUUACAUAGAUUUUUAUAAGUCAGCAAUAGAUUAUUUUAGCGAGAAGAACCCAAAUUCCGUUUUUGUUGUCGUAACAGACGAUCCCAUAUGGUGUCAAAAACAUUUCAAAACAAUGUCAAAUGUUUUCGUUAUUAGCAAACUGUUACAGAAUAGUACGCCUGAAUUGGAUAUGGCCAUUUUAGCGUCCUGCAAUCAUACCAUCAUCGAUUACGGCACGUUUGGAGAGUGGGGGGCUUUGUUGGCCGGCGGUGAAACUAUUUUUUAUAAAAUUAACGGAAAUUAUACUUCAGAGAGAUUAAGUAAGGUUAUGUCGAAAUGGCAUCCCUUAAACUAGGAAAUAGUGGGACAAUAUGCGACCAUUUGACACCAAAUGUUAAACCUAGAUCUGACUCAAGGGCAGCUCCGAUAUUAAAAUUUUUA